AUGGCCAAGCAGGUAUUCAAUGUCGGAGUGAUUGGAUAUGGCCUCUCGGCCAAGGUCUUCCACAUCCCUUUCAUACAGCUCACUCCCCAGUUCCGCCUCCACAGCAUCGUCCAGCGCUCGCCGAAAGAAGGCAACUCGGCCCCGGCGGACUACCCGGACCUGAGGCACUACAACGAUGCAAAUGCCCUCAUCGCAGACCCGGAAGUGGACAUUGUCGUUCUCAGCACAACCCCUGACAGCCACUUCGACCUGACCAAGGCCGCGCUCGAAGCCGGCAAGCACGUACUCGUCGAGAAGCCCUUCGUCCCGACAUCAGCCCAGGCCGAGGAUCUCAUCUCCAUCGCCAAGUACAAAGGCCGCCUCAUCUGCGUCUACCAGAACCGGCGAUGGGACCUCGACUUCCUCACCGCCAAGCACCUCAUCAGCCAGGGUCAGCUCGGGAGGGUCGUCGAGUUCAACUCCCACUUUGACCGCUACAGGGCCGACGCCCCGACCAACUGGAAGGCCCAGAUCGGGAUCCCGCAGGCCGGCAGCGCCCUCUUCGACCUGGGCACCCAUCUGAUCGACCAGGCCUACGUGCUCUUCGGUCUGCCCCAGGCGGUCCACGGCCGCCUGCUGAACCAGCGCAACGGCACCCCGGACUUCUUCAACCCCGAUGCCGUGACCAUCGAGCUAACAUAUGCCGACGGCCUGAUCGUGAACCUGCGCAUCAGCGCGCUGAGCGCCGAGGUGGCGCAGCCCCGGUUCUGGGUCAGAGGCACCAAGGGCAGUUUCCGCACGACGGGGCUCGACCCUCAGGAGGACCACCUCCGAGCCGGUGGCAAGGCGACAGAUGCCGGGUUCGGGGCGCAAGACCUCGAGAGUUUCAGGCUUACUGCCGUGGGCGACGAUGGCAAGAUCAGCGAGGUGCCCGUUCCCGCGCUGGAACCUGAGACGUACAAAGCCCUGUAUGCCGCGUUUGCAAAGGCUGUAGCCAGUGGAGAUGCGAACGAGGUCCCAGUCAAGGCGACCGAGGCUAGGGAUGUUCUGCGUAUUAUUGAGGGUGUGAUUGAGAGUGCGAAGACGGGCAAGGAUGCCAUUCUGUCAUGA